CCCGGAUAUUUACUUUGUUCUCUUCUUGCGAAAGAAACAACGAACGAGGAGCGUGACGAAGACGAUCAGACGCGCACGGUAUCGAUACAGCAAACGACCUAAUUAGCUAACCUACUGCCACAACGACUACUAGCAGGUGCGUCGACAAAUAUGGGAGGUGCUGUGGCUCGCGGAGUCGACAACGACGACCUGGUCGACAAUCUGAAGAAGGAGGAGUAUAUAUCGUCGCCGAGCGUCGAGAAGGCGUUUCGUGCUGUCGAUAGAGGCGAUUUCUUUCUGCCUGAAGAUCGAGAUUCGGCCUACGAGGACCAUGCGUGGCGCAGCGGCACUCUGCAUCUCUCCGCGCCUUGUAUUUACAGCAAGGCGGCCGAGGCCCUCGAUUUGAAUGAGGGGUUGUCGUUUUUGAACGUCGGGAGCGGGACGGGAUACUUUAGCACGCUCGUUGGCUCAAUUCUCGGUCCGAAUGGGACGAACCACGGCGUCGAGGUGUAUCCGGAUAACGUGCGCUACGCCUGUCGGAUGGUGGAUGAGUGGGUGCGGACGACGCCGUCGUUCGAUCGCACCGCCUUCUGUUAUCCGAAGUUCGUGGCGGGUAAUGCGUUGUUGUUGAAUCCAACCUACCGGAAUUAUGACCGAGUGUACGUCGGUGCGGCAUGUCCACAGGAAUAUAUCGAGUUUUUCAAGGGCUUGCUCAACGUUGGAGGCAUACUGGUGAUGCCCUACGAAAAUCAGCUGCAGCGCAUCAAGCGGGUUAGCAGGGAUGAGUACAGUAUGCGGGACGUGUUGUCGGUCUCGUUCGCCGAUCUCAUACUUCCGUCGAUGGAAGAGAGGCAAGAUCGCAUGGCGACCAUCGAAAUAGGUUGUAAUCCUGUCAGUCUUCAAGACUGUUGUCGACUCAGUAUCCUCACCGCUGUCGGCUCCUUGCCGACUGAACGUCUAAGAAAGCUUCCUCUGCCGCAGUCUCUUCAGCUCUUUCUUCAAUCUUUCCGCGAGCCUGAUGUAAUCACCAACAAGUUGGCCGAGAAGCGACACGCUGCCGAGAGACUCAGAGCCUCCAUGGUUCGGCCACCGAAGAGAGUCCGAAAACGGGACGACGACGACAGCCAGGUUGAAAACGACAGCAGCGAGGACAGCAGCGACGACGACGAAACAGGUUUGCUCGCUUUGAGGCAUCCGUUGUUCAUACGUAUCGGUCAGAUAGGCGGGUUGGGGAUUAUGGGCAACAUUGGGCCGUCGUCUCAUCCUCCAUCAUCCGGGGUACACGACCGUGGAUCAGGAGAAUAGUGUGACAUUGUGGGGGGAACUCAGAAUAACAAUUUGUAAGUAGAGAUUUAUUUGAGGCACAAUGUAGGUAUACCGUGUGAGAGAGAGAGAGAGAGGGGGGGGGGAGUUUUCGAUAGAAUUGUGUUGUGUACAUAGACUGCACACGUAGGUGUAUCAUCUCGAUUCAGCUGAAAUAAAGUGUACUUUGAGAUUGUAGAGAGAGAGAGAGAGAGCAGAGA